AUGGGCUUCAUGAUGUUUGGCUACCAGAGAGCCCCUUCCUUGACCCCCUUGACGCAAAAGGGCAUGCCUUCUGUUCGGAGAAUUUCAAGGUCUAAACCGCUGUCAGAGGAUGCGCCUCUGCUGCCAGGGACAGGGCUUCGGGCCCUCAACCAUUUGAAGCCGGCAUCUCUCGAGCCGGCGCAUGAGGCUGACCCUGCAUGCCUCAUGAAACGACUCGACGGAGGAGCUUCGAUCCCUAAUGGCUUCAGCCUCGUUGUGAGGUUAGCUCAUGGCAAGAGAGAUGCGGAGCGUACUGAGUCUUAG